AAGCGCCAGAGCGCGCGCGCGCCGCCGCCGCCUCCCUUCCCCGCCCGCGUGCCUCGCCAGCCCUCGGCGCCAGACACUGACAGCCCCGGAGCUGCGAGCGUCUUCUGUUCCAGCGGCGGCAGAUAAGUAAUCAUGGUGAAAAGCCAUAUAGGUGGCUGGAUCCUCGUUCUCUUUGUGGCUGCAUGGAGUGACAUAGGGCUCUGCAAGAAGCGACCAAAGCCUGGCGGAGGAUGGAACACUGGGGGGAGCCGAUACCCAGGGCAGGGUAGUCCUGGAGGCAACCGCUAUCCACCCCAGGGAGGGGGCGGCUGGGGACAGCCCCAUGGAGGUGGCUGGGGACAGCCCCACGGAGGUGGUUGGGGACAGCCCCAUGGUGGUGGCUGGGGACAGCCCCAUGGUGGCGGAGGCUGGGGUCAAGGUGGUGGCUCCCACGGUCAGUGGAACAAGCCCAGUAAGCCGAAAACCAACAUGAAGCAUGUGGCAGGUGCCGCUGCAGCUGGGGCAGUGGUAGGGGGCCUCGGCGGUUACAUGCUGGGGAGUGCCAUGAACAGACCCCUGAUACAUUUUGGCAGUGACUAUGAGGACCGUUACUAUCGUGAAAACAUGUACCGUUACCCCAACCAAGUGUACUACAGGCCAGUGGAUCAGUACAGCAACCAAAACAGUUUUGUGCAUGACUGCGUCAACAUCACCGUCAAGCAGCACACAGUCACCACAACCACCAAGGGGGAGAACUUCACCGAGACCGACGUCAAGAUGAUAGAGCGCGUGGUGGAACAGAUGUGCAUCACCCAGUACCAGAAAGAGUACGAGGCUUACGCCCAAAGAGGGGCAAGUGUGAUCCUCUUCUCCUCCCCUCCUGUGAUCCUCCUCAUCUCUUUCCUCAUUUUCCUCAUAGUGGGCUGAGGGUGGCCUUUCUGUCAGCAUCAUCUUCUUAAUCUUUAUCAGGUUGGGGGAGGGAAUAUCUACCUGCAGCCCUUUAGUGGUGGUGUCUUAUUCUUGCUUCUCUCUUCGGCACCCAUAGGCUAACAUCCAUGGCGCUUGUAGCACUGGAAAAGGAGAGUAGACCUGAGAUGUGAUGUAUUUAAGCCCCAUUUGAUUGAAUCCUUCAUAGGCCAGUGCUAGUGCUGGACUGGUAAGAGUGUAACAGCAAAUAAUCAUUGGUUUAUCUGGGCUCAUUUUUUGUCUGGUACAACAGAUUGAGGCUAAAACAAUUCUCAAAACAUACUUCAAGUACCUUUACCGAAAUACCUCCAGCUCCUUCUCCAGCUAGAGCUCAGUACACUAAUGCCCCGCCAUAGUAGUGAUUUUGUAGCAACUUUCCCAUUUAAGAAAACCUGACUACAUUUUCCUGUUCAAAUAGCAUUUCUACCAAGUUGGGGAGGAGGCCACAUAAUACUCAUUCAAAAAAAUGAAACUGGAAAUCCUUAGCUCCUGGGCCCAGGGUCAGCCCAGUGGAAAGCAUGUGUCCUGUGUCUGCAGAGAACUAAGGAUGUUUUGCAAUUUGCAGUACAGGUUACACAGCAGCUAUUGCAUCAAGAAUGGAUGUCUGUGCAACACUAGACUUCUGGGCAGAGGGCAUUUUCACAGGCAAUGAACAUAACUCACAUAAUAUGAAAGGCUCUGAAACUUAAAAAAUUCCCACCUGUGUGAGGAACCCUCAGAGGCAGCCUUCUGUUAUGGAUGUUUAAAGUACCUUCAUGGGGUAGUCCUUUCUUUAGUAAUACAAACUAUAGAUAAUUAAGGUAGUAGGACAUGAAACAAUCUUCUGGACAUUGAGAACAAAUCUCUUUUGUUUGUUUAUCUGGGAACCGGAGUGAUUUUGCCAUUUCUUGGAUGAAGCCAGGAGAUUUUAACAUAGAGGAAGCUGCAGCUAUAGAAACAUCAUAUUUAUUCAUUUGAUUGAGUCUUUCAUGGGCCAGUGCCGGUGUUGGGCUAGCAAGCAUGUAAUAGCAAAUAUAGAGGGUUAUGAAGAAAAUGAUUAGUGUACAAAAAAGAGAAAUGCUUACAUUUCUUUAUUGCUGUCUCAUAAUUGUCGAAAACCAGAAUUAGGUCCUCAAUUUCUAUAAUUGGCUUUUGAAUCAAAGAAUAGGGAGGCAUUCCCCUCAAAAAAGUUAGAGAUGAUAGACAUAUGAUCCGUUCAUAUUAGGAAAAGAAAUUCUGGUACUGUUAUUUAAAUAAGGUAAAAUUAUUCCCUGGAUUGUUUGGUGUUGUCACCUAGCAGAUAUACAUUACUCUUCUGCAUUGUUAUUGGCUUGCACUUUGUGGGUAUCCUAUGUAAAAAAAUACAUGUAUAUAUAUAUAUAUAUUGCAUAUGACAAACAGAGAUUUUGGUUAGAGCUGUUAACAUCUGAAUUAUCUAAUGCAUUACUUGUUUUUGUAAGGUACUAAAUAUUUAAUAAUACUUAAAGGAAACCUUUUUGUGUGGUCCUUCGGCUUACAAUGUGCACUGAAUAGUUUUGUAUAAGGAUCCAGAGUGGCAUUUGAAAUUCGCAUGUGCUUUAUAUUUUCUAUAUUUGUAACUUUGCAUGUACUUGUUUUAUUGUAUUAAAAGUUUAUAAAUGUUUACUAUCUGACUAAAAUUAAAACAGGAGCUACAAUGAG